AUGUCCCGGAUCGACAAUUGGAGACCGUACAUCAGUCAGUUUGAGCGUGAGGUUUGGGAGCUGGGAGACUUAAGUGCAACCAUUGACAUUGAGGAUGUGCUGCCGUUUCGCGAUACCUACAUGGACCUCUCGACUCUCCACUAUCUUGAAUCACGCCUCGCUCCCCUCCGCUCCAUAUUCGCAGCGAACAAGCGACUGCUCGACGCUCUAGACCUCAUCAAUAACCGGCUCGAGAAUCAAGGCCAUAUCACACGGCAGAAUGCCUGGGAAAUGCGCGAGUCACUAAUUAACCUCAAAUCUCGCAUUCUUGCGAACGAUGAGAAUGUCGAUUUUGUGCUAUCCAAGUUAUCUCGGAUAACAGAGCUGUUAUCUGGGACCAUCAACUUGAAAAGUCAACAUGCGUCUGAGGAUAUGUCAAACAGGGUCUACGAUCUCACCAGAUCCGCGUUUGAGGAUAGCACUUCUAUGCGCGUGACAACCUUUACAACGUUGCUGUUCUUGCCUUCAACGUUUGUCGCGGUACACAAUAGCACCCUCUCUACUUCCUCUCAGGAAUGCUUGAACUAA